CAUACAUUAUGUUUUAUUACUUUAAUAUAAUUGGAUGACAUACUUGCUAUAACAAGCUUGCGUCGUACGCGUAUCACAUUUGCAAAACCACUCGGUAGUAAGGUUAGCCAGCUAGCAUUAGCGUCACAUUCCAGUCAUGUUUAUGGUGAAAGUACACUGUACAGCGAGUUUAGCUAUUUGUGGACAACUCACUGGCAGACAAGUGUGGGACAAGAAGGAGCUGACUGUUCAAGUUGGCUCUCAUGGGAGCACAUGAGGUGGACUCUGUCCAGCUGCAGACAUUAACAACGUCGUCACUUCUUCACCAAGAACAUGGAGAAAAUGUCACGGGUCACAACAGCCCUCAGCAGCAACACGAUCAGUGGCCGAACUAUGUUCUGCCACCUGGACGCUCCCGCCAAUGCCAUCAGCGUGUGCCGUGAUGCCACGCAGGUGGUCGUGGCGGGCCGCAACAUCUUCAAGAUCUACGCACUGGAGGAGGAGCAGUUUGUGGAGAAGCUGAACCUACGCGUUGGCCGCAAACCCUCUCUGAACUUCAGUUGCGCUGAUGUGAUGUGGCACCAGAUGGAGGAGAACCUGCUGGCCACGGCUGCUACCAACGGGGCGGUGGUCACUUGGAAUCUGGGGAAACCCUCUCGCAACAAACAGGACCAGCUGUUUACCGAGCACAAACGGACCGUCAACAAAGUGUGCUUCCACCCUACAGAGGUUUACAUGCUGCUAAGUGGUUCGCAGGAUGGCUUCAUGAAGUGCUUUGACCUGCGGAAGAAGGAGUCUGUCAGCACUUUCUCAGGUCAGUCUGAGAGUGUCAGAGACGUUCAGUUCAGCAUGAAGGAUUAUUUUACAUUUGCUGCAUCCUUUGAAAAUGGUAAUGUCCAGCUGUGGGACAUCCGACGACCAGACCGCUAUGAGAGAAUGUUCACGGCCCACACUGGCCCCGUGUUCUGCUGUGACUGGCAUCCUGAUGAUAGGGGUUGGCUGGCCACAGGAGGCAGAGACAAGAUGGUGAAGGUGUGGGAUAUGACCACUAACCGGGCCAAGGAGAUCUACUGUGUCCAGACGAUUGCAUCAGUGGCGCGAGUUAAAUGGCGACCUGAGAAAAAGUUUCAUUUGGCCACCUGCUCCAUGAUGGUGGACCACAACAUCUAUGUGUGGGACAUUCGUAGACCUUUUAUUCCAUUUGCCACUUUUGAGGAACAUAAAGAUGUGACCACUGGUAUUGUGUGGCGUCACCAGCACGACCCUCAUUUUCUGCUUUCUGGCUCUAAAGACAGUACACUCUACCAACAUAUGUUUAAGGAUGCCGCUCGUCCCGUGGACAAGGCCAACCCCGAGGGUCUGUGCUUUGGACUGUUGGGUGAUUUGGCCUUUGCAGCUAAGGAGAGUCUCAUUAGCAGUGACGCCAACAGAAAGCCGUACCCCGGAGGCGACCGCCGCUACCCCAUCUUUUUCUUCAAGAAACCCGACCAGACAGAACAGUUUGCCCACGUGUCCAGUGCGCUUAGUGUGUUUGAGACGAACUUGGACAGUAAUUGCAUGGACUGGUUUGUCAAGACGGCACAACUCUACCUCCUCAGCGGGAAGCCAUUUGCUGAGCUGUGUGACCACAAUGCCAAGGUGGCCCGGGAGCUCAAAAGACCUCAGGUUUCCACUACAUGGACCAUGCUGAGAAUUAUGUUCUCUGACCCAGCAAACCUCACUGCUUCCGGUCCAAACCACAACCUCAGUAAACUUGGUACCGUGCCUUUAAUGAACAGUUUCAGUAUUAAGGAAAUGGGUUCAGGGAUGGGCACAGAGAGCAGAUUGGAGCGCAGUAAAGGUGAGAGCAGGCAGGAUAACAUCCACCUGGAGCCCGGGAACUCUCACAUCAGCAAUAAUAAUGAAGAAAAUGAGGAGACAGAGGGCAGCGAGGGCCAGGCUGAGUAUAUGUUUGGAGAUGCUGAGCAGGAUGACGACGACCUCUAUUCUAUGGAGCACGACAACCAAACAGAAGAGCAGGAGUACACGCUGCCCCAGGAGGCCUUCCAGCUGCGCCACGAGAUCAUGGAUAACCCCUCUGCCCCCGAGCACCUUCAGCAGGACAAGGCCGACUCCCCACACGUCAGCGGCAACGAGGCGGAAGUCACUUGUCUGACUCCAAUCGAGUCUUUCUCCCUCAUCUCCAUUUCUCAGCCGCUGUUCAGCCAACAUCUGCCCGCCAGCUUCUUUUGCCCCAUAGUGCGGGAGAUGCUGAGCUACUACGCCGAGCAGGGUGAUGUGCAGAUGGCCGUGUCUGUGCUCAUCGUCUUGGGGGACCGGAUCCGCAAGGAGAUUGAUGACCUUACCCAGGAACAUUGGUACACGUCCUACAUAGACCUGCUGCAGCGAUUCGAGUUGUGGAACGUGUCCAACGAGGUCAUCAAGCUGAGUACGUGUAGCGCCAUCACCUGCCUAAACCAGACAUCUACAACACUCCACAUCAACUGCAGCAACUGCAAGCGGCCGAUGAGCAACAAGGGCUGGAUUUGUGACAGGUGCCACCAGUGUGCCAGUAUAUGUGCAGUGUGUCACCACGUGGUGAAGGGACUGUUCGUGUGGUGUCAGGGCUGCAGCCACGGCGGACACCUGGAGCACAUGAUGAACUGGCUCAAGAGCAGCGCUUACUGCCCCGCCGGCUGCGGCCACCUGUGUGAGUACACCUGAUCUCUUCACAGCCACUGUUCACACAGCUGGUCCUCUGUGGGAGUGGGAAGCAGUCCUCACACCAGCUGGGAUCAAAUGACAAACGCACUACAGACAGACGAGAUGUCUUCAUCCCUCCACGGGGACGUGGAGCAUAUUUUACUGUGGGAAGAAGGACUGCUUUGAUUUGAGAUUAGACCCGAGGUCUGAAGGAGGAAGAGGUUUAUAUGUGCUCUCCUGGACAGUCGUUCAGGAGCAAACACAAUCGCAUAUGAAUUUAAAUUUGCGUUUGAACUGCUGUUGGAAAUAUUGGUGAAUUUGUAUGAGCAGAUAUUCGAAGUGUGGAUUCACAUUUGCUGCAUUUUACAUUGUUUUUAAACCCCUCAGUAAAACCCUGAAGGCUGUACAGGAAGACUUUGUUCAACUAAAGUGAAUUGUUAAUGUUUGUAAAUAAUACUUAUUUUUCGAUGUACUGCAGAUAAUGUUGCAUUAAUUUAUACAUAGAGAGAGAAAGGGAGAGAAAUAGGCCUCUAUUUAAGCAAUACAUUAAAGCAAUAUAUCUAGAAUUUACACUCUUGAUCUGUUUGUUCUCUGCAUUCACCAGAAAAAGCUUCACUUUCUCAGAUUCAGAUCAGUGUCAGUAAAAUAUCUCGCCGGAGGGCAGCUUAGAGAGCGGGAGAGAAACAACACUACUCAUUCUUCAUAACCACACUUCACUCCCAUGGGCCCAGAAAUCCCAAUUGGCAGCCCGCCAGUGUCUCUAGCCUCUAGCUCAGCAGCCACACACAGUAAGCACCGCUCAGAGUAACAGUCAUUUGCUUGUCAUAGUUUACGUAUUACACUACGGGUGAGUUACACAACAGAUGUGACGGAAACGACUUCUGACCAGAUAAACCUCAACAAAAACACUUGGGAUGAGUUAUGAAUGAUGCCCAUUGCUGCCAUGUUAUUGCUUAAUAAAAGCGUAACAACGUUGCUGCAUUUCAUUUAA